CAAUGACAUCAAUGAUCUGUUUAUUGUUGUAUGAUUAAAUUCUGAAACAUAUCAUUCAAUAUGACCAACAAAGAUGUUUGCCGAAUUUGUAGUAAUACGAGACCGACAAAAAUGGUUCGUUUUUCGGAUACCUCGUUUGAUGGUGAUCGAACAACGGCUCAAGUGAUUGAGGAUUGCUUUGGAUUGUUGAUUUCGGAAGACGAAUCAACUAGUUUAUGCUGUGCUCGAUGCAAAAACGAUCUGAUAAUUGCAUUCAAAUUGGUGACAAAAAUUCGCGAAUCUGAUUUGAAGCUGAAAUCGAUAAUUGCAAUACCAAAAGUUGAAAUAGUAGAUGCAAGUGAUAAUAAUAUAUCUACAGUAUUCAUCGCAGAAGCAGAAAUCAAAUCCGAACUGAACGAUGAUGGAUGUAAUAGAAUCGACGAGCAACCAGAACCUUUGUCUCAAUCCAAACCCAAGAAACGAGGACGUCCAAGGAGACAGAAUGUUGUAAAUACGGAUAAAACGUCUGACAUUGAGGAUCAAAUUAAAUUGGUUGAAAAUGUGGAACAAACAUCCUUACAACUAGAACCUAAUCAGGAAAUACAUAUGAGAAAAACAAGACGAUUGAGCACUUAUACCGCUCGUUCUGACGAUGCUCUCUCUGCGUCAUCGGGUGACUCAGAUGAUUCCGACUUUGAACCAGACUAUGACAAUCAGGACGAAUUAGAAGACCAAAAGGUCAAACAACGAACUCAUUACAGCAUCAAUUCCCAGCCAAAAAGGUGCUGUUGGUGUAAAAAUUAUUCACUAAGUUCGCAUGACAAAGUUGAAGAGCACUCGCAAAAAUAUCAUCUCAAAUCGCGUGUGACAAACCCAGAAGCAUAUGGAGAUAAAGUAUUCGAGUGUCCAGUUUGUUUUAUGAGAUUUGAAGUAAAAAAGUUAUUCCUUCAACACCGCCGCAAAAUGUUUGUCGAAAUGCUACAUCCAUGCAAACAAUGCGAUGAAGAAUUUGCAAAUUUCUACGUUCUGCAGAAACACAUACAACUCAAUCACCAUCGGAAGUUGAAACUUCGUGAACUUGAAGAGCUACGUAUCAAAAGCAACAUAUGCUGCGGUUGUCGAACCAAGUUUAACUCCCAAGAUGAAUUGAAGGAACAUGCCAUAAUGGUUCACCUGCCUCAGCGUGAAGCGCCUGACGGCGAACAUACAGUCGAGUGUGAUGUUUGUUAUAAAACAUACAAAUCUAUAAAAUAUCUAAAAGAUCAUAGACUAAGAUUCUUCAAAAAGAAGAAUUUGAUAUGCGCUCAGUGUGGUAAAAGUUUCCGAGAAAAGGCUCAAUUGGUAGGUCACGAAGAUUCACAUCAGAAUGUUCGGCGAUAUGAGUGCCCAAUUUGCCAUGCGAAGUUCUCAAUGAAAGCGUCCUGGCAGGCGCAUGUGAGGUAUCACGAUGCGCAGGAAAUCUACCAUUGCGAAUAUUGUGGAAAGGGCUUCCGGAAGAAGGGUCUAAUGAAGGCGCAUCUGCGAAUUCAUUCAACCGACCGACCCCAUAAGUGUCCGAUGUGUCCACUUACGUUUACUCAGAAAAAUCGCCUCAAUUCCCACGUCCUGGAACACUCCGGUCUAAAGUCGUUUAAGUGCGAUCGCUGUCCGGCAUCGUAUGUUCAUCAGCGGGCGCUUCGACGACACGUUCGCGAAAAACACGAGGGUAUUCGUACUUUUAAGUGCAAUAUUUGUCCUAAGGGAUUUAUCGAACUAAAACCGCUGCAAGUUCAUUUGAAAACGCACGAAAGGAGUCACGAGGCGACUUUCUCAAAAAGCUAGAAACUCAGUAUGAUGCAUUUAUUUAGGAAAUAAAAUUAAAUGUAUAAAAUACAAAUUAAA